AUGGAUACAUACAUGGACGCACAGUUCGAGUCGCACACGCUGCCGCUGCACAGCACUGGAUAUGUUGUCUACGCAGUAUCUGUUCGUCAGUCAUACGUAUGGGGUAGGUACGCAUACCAGACCGGCGCCGCGCAGUCCCUACGUAACGAUCCCUGGUUCCUCGACUCUUGUGGCUCCGUUUUCUCAUCGGUUGCUCGGCCUGGUCUCGUUUGGUUUGGUGGCCAAAGGUCUUCCCUCCGCGCCAGUGUGCGUACGUGCUGCUUUGCAAUCUUUGCCCUCAUGCCGCCAGCCAUUGAUGCUCUCAGCGUCAUGGUUUCCAAACAAACCAUAACGACGCUUGAGUUGGCUUUCCACGCCAGACGUACAUGGCUUGCCAUAGGGCAGUUUUGCCCCAAAUUGGCUCUCGAGACUAAUUGGCGCCAGGGCGAAACAGGCACCGGCUCGUCCCCAAAAACUACGUUGCCCUCCUCGAGCUUCUAUUCGGCGAAGGCGCAAGAUUUGAGGAGGAGGGCCACGCAAAACGGGGAAUGUACUGGGGGCGAUGGAGGACCAGCGAGCCAGAAGACAGCUGUUGAGCUGCUUGAACCAUACCAGAAUGCGUCUUCACAGCUCUUCUCUCUCGACAAGGUGCCUUGCCUGGCGAUGGGCUGGCUGUUGCCUCUCUACGGAGUGCGGAUACGCUCUUUCUCUGUCGUCUCCUUGACCAGGUCUCUCUUCACCAAUUACGAAUCAGAAAUAGGUCCCCAGACACAUGACUUUCGAGCUCCCGGCAGGGAUUAUGGAAGCAAGAGAACGUGCGCUUCUCACUGCGUGCCAUCAGUGACCAAGGCCCGGAAACCGUGGGACAUCCACCGGGGACCCUCCCCCUUGGGUGCGGAGGAGGGCAAGAACGCCUUCCCUGAUCUUAUUCUCGUCACCUGGGCUGGGAACUUUAGGACCUUCGAUGCUACAGAGCCGGACAGGGGCAAUGACGAGACCCAAAGGUUAAGGACAACUCCCCGCACUCGCGUCGAGGACGUGAAAGAAGGAGGCAGUUCUGACAGAGAAAGAGAAAGCGAUGCAGCACAGCAAGGCCGCGCGGUGCCGACGCAGGGCUUGGCUUCACGCACGAACGGUACUGACAAGAACGGUUCGACAGUCGACGUCGAGCAACGGGCAGUUCAGACAUAUUCCCUGGCGGAAUCCGUACGGAUAGGUGCCGGAGGUGGUGUAAUGCGCUACUCGAGUCAAGGCAGCGUUUCCCACCUGAACGCUUUCCGAGAACGACUUAGUGACUCUGGGGCAGGCAUUCAAGCUAACGUUGUUCUUGGCUUGGCUGAGGUCAAGAAAUAUUCCGCAAAAUGUAACAAGAAGCGCGGGAACUCGAAAGUAUCUGCCCAGACCACCCAGUCUCUGGAUCUCGCACCGUCGCAUGCAAUGGGCAUAUACCGGGGUUCAAACUUAUGCAUGUCUUUUCCACACGUCCAAGGCUCGAGGGCGUGCGGCGUGCCAGCCUACCAGGCCAUGUCAGGUCACUUUUUCUCAUGUAUUCAUUUAUUUCAUUUCUUCAACCAGAUCGAUGGGCGAGAGUUUGGGACACAGCCCAUCGGUCUGCACGUGGCCCAGCCCCUGUCUUGCGGAGAUCAUUCAGAAAUCGUUUGUCAAGGCGAAACGACGGAGAGGCGCAUCCCAAUGCCAUUUCGUACCAUAUUACUCGCCCUGACCAGCCAGCACUCAAAGCAGUCUGCAGUGACUGUACAUCAAGUGCAACCUGGAUCUUCCGAUGCAGAGGCCAUCAUUUCCGACGAGAUUGAUAAGCAAAUAUGUGCUGUUUUCUUUGGUUUAAUAUCGUAUCCAUCUUUUCGUCUCCGUUUUCCCCAUCCAGGGUCUUUUGAGAGCCAGCGUGGCUCUACGUGGCUCUCCACUGCGGACAUGGACUCCCCGCUAGGCGUUCCCAGACGGGUUGACUAUCGUCCCAUUCUCGGGGACCCUCCGCAAGCUGGCGUUUUCCCGACGGGGCUAUCCUUUCACCACGUGGAAAAUGUCAUUCGAUUCAACGGGGGAGCCACUGGUCGACGGUUUCUCCCCUUCCACUACUCAUCAACCGGCGCAGCCCUUUCCGUCAGCCCCGGCCGCUUGCCGCCCGGCCCCGUCACCGGUAGUAUCGCGGAUGGAUGGUAG